CUCGACAUUUAGAGCUUUGUGCGACAUUGAACGAAGUGAACGUUUUUACCAUGCUUAUCAACGGAUAUUCCUGCACCAAGCUUCUGUUUUUGAUGGCUUGCCUGUGCUUGGCAUUUGAGGGAAAAACUGUCUCGGCGAGAAAGUGCACUGUAGGAUACAGGCUCAGGCCCGGAAAAUGCGAGUGGUAAAGCCACUGAGCCAUAAAAAUCAUAAUAAUGAGUCAUAAUCAAAUUGUAUCAAUGUUGAAAAAACUAUAUUGAUUACAACAAAUAAAUAAUUUCUGAGCAUAA